UUUUCGGGUUUCAUUUCGUGUGUUCACGUUGAGUCAUUUUUUUUUUUUAAGCAAAAGUAGCCAUUACAUCUGGCGCGUUUGAACAUCUGGUGCACAAUUCAGCCUUGUUUGGUGUCAGGGUGCAGUUUUGCAUUUCCGUUAAUAAACAGGAGGGCGUGUUUUAAGCGACCUGUACAACAGGUGAAACGUGCUUGGUUCAGAGCAGCACAGAGGAACAGCUCUCUGAGCUGGGAGAGGAGGCCGAAAUGUGGCGGAACGACACGUACGAUUCUGUCGCGUCGAAGGACAAAGAAUUCAAUGUACGGGGUUCCAAAAGCACCGGGGACAUUGGAUAUGCUGAAGAUGAUUCUAUACUUCUGAACAGUCAAAGUUCGAACAAGGUGCCUCAGCACUCCAACCUAGGGCCGUAUUUCCAGGACGGCCAGAGGCGCAUCGAUUACAUCCUAACCUACAAUGCAGAAAGCUUCCAGCGCACCCGCCACCACUCCUCUAGCACCUUCAAGGGCUUGAAAAAUGGCCUGUGCUGCAUGGGGAAACAGAAAAGGGCCGAAUCCAUCAAGCACGACCUCGAGAGCGCCAGUAAUGCGCACAUCCACAGAGAGGAGUUUGAACAGAAGCUUAUGGACAUGGGACUUGAGCUGGAGAAGGAGGAAGAUGCUAAAAUUCCAGAAGUGGGCUUCCUGAAGAUCCAUGCACCUUGGCACGUUCUCUGUCGAGAAGCAGAGUUCAUGAAGCUCAAGAUGCCCACCAAAAAAAAAUAUCAGGUCAGUCAAGGAAGUAAUGGUAUACGAGCAGUGAACGCAUUUAUCCAAAGACUGUCUGCACCACUGACUCCCAAAGUCGAGGAGAAGUCCCCCCAGAGUGAGAAGCACAUAUGUUAUCCAUUCUCCAGGGAAAAACAGCACUUGUUUGAUCUUUCAGAUAGAGAUUCCUUCUUCGACAGUAAAAUUCGUGCCUCAAUCGUAUGCGAGAUCAUAAAACGAAUAAAGUGCAUAGGAGUGAAGGAUAUCAUGGGCAUUAACACGCUCAUUGCUCAUGGAGUUUACACAUCAGCCUACACUCUACAUGAUGGAGACAUUGAGGGAGUUGAUGCUGAACCAAACGAUAGAAAGGUGUUAUACGAGCAGUGGGCGAGAUUCAGCCUCUUCUAUAUGUACCAGCCCACCGGACUGAUCAGGAAGUAUUUUGGAGAAAAAAUCGGCUUGUACUUUGCCUGGUUAGGUGUGUACACUCAAAUGCUGAUCCCAGCCUCAGUCAUCGGUGUCAUUGUCUUCUUGUAUGGCUGUAUCACUGUGGAUUCUGACAUUCCCAGUAUGGAGAUCUGUGAUGAAAGGAACAACAUCACCAUGUGUCCGCUGUGCGAUCGCGCAUGCAGCUACUGGAAGCUCGUCGAGGCUUGCGGCACUGCCAGGGCCAGCCACCUGUUCGACAACAUGGCCACCGUCUUCUUCUCCAUCUUUAUGGCGCUCUGGGCCACAAUGUUCAUGGAGCAUUGGAAGAGGAGACAGAUGAGGCUUAAUUACAUCUGGGACAUGACGGGCUUUGACGAGGAGGAGAGCCAACCGCGACCAGAGUAUGAGUUCCAUGUCAGGCAGAAGAGGCUGAAGAAAGAGAAAAGUAGCGAUGAAGGUCUAAAGCAUGGAAAACACAAGCUGACAUGCAAAGACAGGCUGCCAGCUUACAUGACCAUCCUUAUCAUGAUGCUCUUCUUGGUUUGCGUGACCUUCACCAUCGUGUUUGGAGUGAUCCUCUACAGGAUUUCUAUCAAGACAGCUCUACACAUGAGCUCCUCCUCCCCCUUUCGUUCAAACAUUCGGGCCACGGUGAAAACCACGGCAGCUGUCAUCAACCUCAUCAUCAUCAUCAUCAUGGACGAGAUCUAUGGAAUGGUGGCACGUUGGCUCACUUCUCUGGAGGUGCCAAAAACAGACAAAAGCUUUGAGGAGAGGCUGAUUUUCAAGACUUUCAUCCUGAAGUUUGCCAACGCCUUCACUCCAAUCGUCUACCUGGCUUUCUUCAGAGGCAGGCUCAUUGGCCGGCCAGGCAACUAUUUGUACGUUGUCGGGAAUUACCGAAUGGAGGAGUGUGCUCACGCUGGCUGCCUGAUGGAGCUGUGUAUUCAGCUGUGCAUCACCAUGCUUGGCAAGCAGCUUAUCCAGAACAAUCUGUUUGAGCUUGGCAUUCCUAAAAUAAAGAAACUUCUUCGCCGUCGUAAGUCAAAGAGAGACGCUAAACAAGAAGAGGAGUUUUUCAAAACCCUGGCCCGACAUGAGAAAGACCACUUCCUCGACCCCUAUGUUGGCCUUAAUCCAGAGUAUAUGGAGAUGAUGAUCCAGUUUGGAAUGGUGACCUUGUUUGUAGCCUCCUUCCCUCUGGCUCCUCUGUUUGCGCUCCUGAACAACGUUAUUGAGAUCCGCCUCGACGCCAAGAAAUUUGUCUCGGAGUACAGACGGCCCAUUGCUGCUAAGGCUAAAGAUAUCGGCAUCUGGUACACCCUUCUGAGAGGACUGAGCAAAGUGGCAGUCAUAGUGAACGCGUUUGUGAUCUCCUUCACAUCUGAUUUCAUCCCCCGACUGGUUUAUCAGUACGUGUACAGUCCUGACGGAACGUUGCACGGCUUCGUCAACCACUCCCUCUCCUAUUUCAACGUCACGGACUUUCAGCCGAACACAGACCCGGUCGAGCCGAUGUUCCUGGGCUACAAAGUGGAAGUUUGCAGGUUUAAGGAUUACAGAGAUUCCCCAUGGUCGGAUACCCCAUAUGAACUGUCGAGAGAAUUCUGGAAUAUUCUGGCAGCACGGCUGGCGUUUGUCAUCGUCUUUCAGAACAUGGUGAUGCUAAUGAGUGACUUUGUGGACUGGCUAAUCCCAGACAUCCCCAAAGAUAUCAGUUUGCAAAUGCACAAGGAGAAGAACCUGGUCGUGGAGCUCUUUAUGAAGGAGGAACAGGGAAAGAGGCAAAUGAGCAAGCGAAAGAGCAACCCCAGUCCGCAGUCACGCUCUCGAACGCCAUUGCAUGUGCAAAUCAACAACCACUAGUCCGUGUGCCCAAGGUGGGAAGAAUACAUCUAUCCUUAAAGCACAUCAGAAGUUUGUACGAAACGAGAUGAGCCGGCUUGUCUGAAAGUGUGAAGGUUACAAUGGUUUAAGGUGAAAUGUUACAUUGGAAGUGCAGCUCGCUGACUGGAGGCAGACGCAGGCACUGAGACUGUCUGGUUGUGAUCACAAGAGAUGUCCCAAGACUACCAUAUACCUUGCAGCUUAGCUUUUCUUUUUGUCUAGGUUACUUUGUAAACAUGUAAACGAAAUGCACAGACAUUUGUUGUUGUUUGUUAUUUUUAAUCAAUAUGCAAAUUAAGGUUUUUACGUAUUUACUGUUUGUGUGUCAUAUGAAAGUUUUCUAUGUAGUCAUUGUUUGUUUGUCUCAGUUGUAGAAAAGCUCACUCGCUUUUAUAUCGAUUUUAUUUAAACCAUACCUCAACAAAUAUCCAAGUUGUCGUUUUGGGGGGUUUUUUUGUGUUUGUUUUUAAAAUCGCAUGUCCUAAUUAUGCCAUUCAAAGUUGUCCGUAAUAAAUGUGUCAUAAAAUCUAACACCAUUAUGUGCAAGGUCAUGCCUCAUAAAGCCACAGGUCUGUAAAUUGAAUGGUAAGUAAACCUGCAGCUUUUUUUCUUUUUGCUAGCAAAUUAUAGUGUUAUUGUAUAAUGCUAAGAAAUAAAGAAUUCUGGCCCCUUAACAUAACUGACUGAUUCUGACUAACAGGAAUAGAUUCUUUUGAUAGCAAACUUGAAAUAUAAUAUAAAUGGCUGCAGUGCAUUAAUAGUUAGUAAAGUAAGAGAAAAUGUAUAUUUUCUUCUUGGUCUUUUUUUUUUUAAAUACAUUUCAGUAGAAGCAUCUGUAAUCUCAUUCAAAGGGUAUAAUAGACUAGAUGGCAUUAAAACAAAUAAUUAGGUGCU